GUGUCAAUAAAAAAACAGAAAAGACAUUGAAAUUUGUUUUUCUAAUUUGCCACUGAAAACGUUAGGGUUGCGCUGAAAAAUUAGGAUUGGUUGGGAAACCAGAAGCACAACUAGGCCUACAUACAUGUAUAUGUUUUCUAUAUGUACAGUAUGUCUUCUAUAUGUUGGCCGAUAGAAUUUGUGGAAAUGCUGUGUACAUGUACAUGUGCACCCACAUGUACCUGUAUGUAGCAAGGUAAAAGUUUCACCGUCAUGAAAAAAACCACAGAAUGAUCAUGGCUGUUUCAGUCGCACCUGUGCAGGACUCUUAUUUGAAGAGUGAAGUUUGACAUGAAUAGGAUAAAUUUAAAUGUUUGUAAAAAUUUGACGCCCUUUGAAGGCCUCCAUCUUACCUUUUUGAGAAGGCAGGGUCAUUUGACCUUGACACUUCACAAAUUCAGACUACAGCAAAUUUGCAGGGCACAACGGCCAAUAUGGUGUUUGUUACUUACACAACGCAAUAAGAUAGUUCGAUGUGAAUGAACGCUUUAAAUAUUUGAGGUUGUACUACUUGUACUUGAAGCGGGUGUGUUUCCACAAAAAUUUCUUACUGCAACAUGAGGUUCAACUGCCGCCCCGGGCCCCAAGAAUGCAUCACGCAUGCUUCAGUACUGCGCAAUAUAUGAGUUUGUAGUUGAGUACUUUUCAGGUACCAAGGUUCUCUGCCAAAUACUUAACUGGUUAGAAGGGAACAGAGCUAAUAAACAUAGACAAGUGCAUGUAGGUAAGAUUGCAAAAUAAAUUGAGGACUUUAGAUACUCUCAGUUUUCUAACAUUUUAAAUCUUAAGUAAGAAAGUACUUGAUAAGUACUCGGCUGAGUACUUUUGUAAUAUGUAACUUUUAUUAAACAGUAAUGGCCUGAAGUGAUCAUAUUACUUUGUAAUCUUAUGGAGCAUGGCAAACCCUUUGGAAGACUGGUCAUUGCCAAGGCCAUGCGGCCAUGGUACCCCUUUUAUUAGACUUUGAUUGCUAACAAAAGGCUAGUUUGGCAAUUAUUUAUUAGGGGGUUUCAAUCCUCCUUGCCCAACAACCUGCUGAGCCAUGCAGAAUUCCUGGCAGGCAAGCCUUUGUUUAUGGUUUAUUGUUUACUAAACAGAAUUAAGAAUUCCUUUGAUGAGGAGCUGAUAGUCAAAGCUGAAGAGGCAGAUGUGUGUGAUGUAAAAAAGAAUACAUGGACAUGCACAUGCCGAAAUGAAUUGUGAGUGAUUGUGCUGCCCAUUUGCUACAUAUUCUGAAGGCAUAAUGACUGAGAAAGAACAUCCUCGUUUGAAUGGCAUCACCUCGCCUCAUUCUUUGCAAGAAAGUCAGGCAGAGUGUGGUACAGGUAGUUCUGAAUCCAGAAAGAAUAUUGAGGGACUGGAAUCAUCAGGUCUUCUGAAUGGAACAUGUCGCAAUGGAGAAACUGUUCCCAAUGGGGACAUAAGUAACUCUGUACAAGUGCAGGAGGAAAAUGAUGAGGAGAAUGAGGAUAGACAUUUGAAUGCAUCAGAGAAACCAACACCAACACCAGUUGAUCCUGUUCAAUUUGUGAAAGAACAUACAGUUCUGAGUGCACUAACAACAGAGAUGUGGACAUCAGAGCAUCAUGAUUUUAUCAAGGAUUUUUUUAUGCCUCAGAACCUGUCCCGCUUAUUAGUCAUCUAUGUGGAUCCACAGCUAGGCCUGACCCUUGAUAAUAGGAUUCCUCCACAGAUUGUGGAUGAAAUAUGCUACUUCAUACGUAAAGAUGGAAUUAUUGCAGACUCUUGCAGCAUUGAUAAGAUGGUACAGUUUGGUUCUGUCAAAAGUGGUCAUGUUGAGAGCCUAUUAAGGCUGAUGCAGAGUAUCUAUGCACCACUCUUCUUUGAGAAUACAUCGUGGCCUGACAGUAUCAAGAAUGAUUUCUCAGCCCAACUGCAUCGCUUUAUGGCCAGCCUUACGGAUACACAUUACAAGAUGAAGGGACACACAGUGUUGUACAUUCCUAGCGAAGGACUGAAUGUCACCCUGGAACAAGCUGCCAAGAAUAAAGAGCUGGUGCAAAGAUUAGAGACUGCCAUGGUGCACUGGACAAGGCAAAUUAAAGAAGUCCUUGCAUCACAGGAUGCCAUUGAAACCUCAGAAAACUCUGGCCCUUUGGAGGAAAUUGCCUUCUGGCAUAAUCGUUGUGUUGAUCUCUCUGGAAUCAGUGAACAGCUGAGAAAAGAAGGUGUGCUGAGGAUCCAGACAAUCUUAGAGCUUUCAAAGUCAUCCUACGUAGCUUCAUUUAGAAAGCUUUCAAAGCAGAUCCAGGAUGGCUCAGAGCAGGCUCAGAGUAACUUGAAGUUUCUCUCCACUCUGAAAGAGCCGUGUGAAGAGCUGUCUAAGGCCAAACCAGCAGACAUUCCGCCCAUGUUGGCUAAGAUCAUCAACCUGAUCAGAAUGGUUUGGGUCAACUCCAAGCAUUACAAGAGCAGAGAGAGACUUACUGGCCUUUUCAGAAAGGUGAGCAAUGAAAUUAUACAUCGAUGCUGUAAGGAAAUUUCACUGGAGAAACUAUUUGAUGGCUACGUAGCAUCAUCCAUGAAAAGUCUCCACCAGAGCAUUGACUGCUGCAAGGCAUGGAAAGAAACCUACUCAUAUGUAAGACAGAUGCAUCACAAGUACUCCUCAGAAGGAUGGGUAUUGGACCAAAGCAGUAUCUUUGCUCAGGUAGAUGCCUUUGUUCAGCGUUGCAAAGAUCUCCUUGAGGUGUGUGAAUGCCAAAUUCAUUUUGCCCGUUGGGAAGAUGGCAACAAGACCCCACUACCUUGUUUUGCUGGACAGAGAGGGCCAGAAAUCACUCGCAGUCUACUGGAGAUCGAGAGUGCUUUUGAUGCAAACCUGGCUGUUUUGAGUGGCGUCAGGAAGACUAUUCUAGAUGUCAAGGCAACUACAUGGCAUGAUGAUUAUAACAGGUUCCGAACUGGCAUCAAAGAUUUAGAGGUGAUGAUGCAAAACGUCAUCUCAACUGCAUUUGAGACCAUCAACACCGUGGAGCAAGGAGUGGAGUUACUGGAUGCAUUUCAACAUCUGUCCUCUAGAGAGGCCAUCAGACGGACAAUUGACAAGAAGACAGUUGAAGUAUAUGCCCUUUUCAACGAUGAACUGAAUGCAGUGAAGAAAGAACUGACCAAGAAGAGUCAAAGUCUUGGACCCCUCUUGCCAAAGUAUGCAGGCCAGGCACACUGGGCACGAUCAUUGAAGGGUCGUAUUGACAGGUCCAUGAAGGUAUUGGACAAGGCCUAUUUCCUCCCACACAUUGGUACUGGAGCAGAAACAAGGACACAGUACAAUCAACUUAGUACAGCUCUAGAUGAGUUCAUUCGUAAGACAUUCAAUGAAUGGGCUCUUACAGUGGACAAGGACUGCAUGAAAUUGUUAGAUGUUCCACUCAUGUGCAGGAGUACAGAGAAACAGGCCAUGUUAGACAUGAACUUUGACAGGGUAUUGCUGAAGUUGUUCAAUGAGAUCCAGUACUGGGAAAAGCUGAUGUUUGAGAUUCCACACUAUGCCACUGAGGUAUACCUCAAAAGAGAAGAAUUAAGAAACCUGAGGGAGAAUGUGCUCUUGGUGGUACGAGAUUACAACAGGAUCAUUGCUGCCCUUUCCCUAGAAGAACGAGGUCUGUUUAAAGAACGCAUCAGACAUCUCGAUAAAAAGAUUCAUCCUGGUCUCACAAAGCUAACUUGGGCAUCGAAGGGAAUAUCUGACUUUUUCAUUGGAGAAUGCAGGCAGUAUGCCAGCAAGGUCCAGGUAAUUGUGGAUGACUACAAAAUUGCCAACUUGACCAUAUCUCGCAACUGCAAGCGCAUUAGUGAAAACCUACUGGUCCGGAUUGAUAACAAGAAGGUGUAUGAAGGCUUGGAGUUCGAGGAAGAACAGAUGAAACACCGAGCAAGUGCUCAGAAGAAGCUGAAAAUCAUUCAUGAGGAGAUAGUUCACAUCAUGAAACAGACUUUUGAGGUUUUCCGAACAGAUGGGCAGGAGGUCCAGAAUCAUUGGCAUCGCUACACAGAAAAAAUGGAUAGAAUGGUAGAGGAGGCAUUUCGACUUAAUGUGAAAUGGUCCUUACAGGAGCUGUCCAGAGCAAUCAAUGGGGAUGGCAAGACAAUGCCUAAUCCUUUGUUUCGAGUCAAGGUUGUGUUGACAGGAGACAAGAAUUCUGUAGAGUUCUCUCCUACAUUGAAGAAACUUGCCACAAUUGUAAUGAACACAAGUAGUCACCUGACAGCUGCAAUCUCAGUCAUUCAACGAUUACCGGACCUUCUUACAAGGAAGCGCUCUACAAAAGAGCCUAUCAACAGCGUGAUUGAGAAGGAUGAGGAAACCAAGAAGAUUCAAAAGAGUAUUGAUGCAGGUAUGCAGAGCAAUGCGCAGCACCUUAUGAACUAUCUCGGAACCUGGGACAAUUACCGUGAGAUUUGGGAGAUUAACAAAGAUGCUUUCAUUCGGAGAUACCAACGACUCAAUCCCCCAGUAGCUUCAUUUGAUGCUGAUAUUGCAAGGUACACAGAAGUGGCCAACAAUGUACAAAAGGAAGAAACUGUUCUUAACAUACAGUUUGUGCUUCUGGACUGCUCACCACUUAAAACUGCUUUACUUGGGCACUGUCAUGAAUGGGAAAAUAAGUUUACUACUUUGCUCCGUGAGAUGGCCAGCCAACAGCUGAAGGAUCUACACAACUUUCUGUGCAGUAACCAAGAUAAGCUGAGUAAGCCUCCUCAAACCCUUGAUGAGCUUGGAGACAGUCUGUUAUUGUUGGAACAACUACAGACAGAUUUGAGUAAGAUAGAAGCCCGUUUUCCACCUCUUCAUGAACAGUUUGCUAUCCUGGAGAAGUAUGAUGUAGCCAUAUCUGAUGAGGUACGUCAAAUGCUAGACGAGUUGGAUAAUGAGUGGGUGGCAUUCCAACAAUGUUUAAUUGAUAGUGACGCAAUGCUGAAGAAACACAAAGAGAAAUUCAAGACAGGCCUUAUUCAUUCAUCUGAAGAAUUCAAAAAGUCUGUCGCUAACCUACUUGAUGACUUCAACAGUAAUGGACCAUUUAGUAGUUCCUUGGCAUGUGAAGAGGCACUGCAUGUGGUUUCCCAAAUCAGAGAUCAAGUGAACAGUCUUAAAGAACAAGAAGCCAAGUUACGUAGAGGACUUGGUAUCUUCAAGAUUGAUCAACCUCCAUCCAAGGAAAUUCAACAAAUUGAUAAGGAUCUUGAUCAUCUUGAGACUGUGUGGCAGUUGACCAAGGAGUGGGAAAGUCUUUGGAAUGCAUGGAAGGUGGGAUUAUUUCAUGAGCUGGUCACAACUGAGAUGGAGAUGACUGCAGGGCAGCUCUACAAAAAACUCAAUAAACUCCACAGGGAACUAAAGGAGAGGAAUUGGGAGAUUGUGGAGACGUCACGUUCUAGAGUUGACCAGUUCCGCCGCACCAUGCCUCUGAUAGUGGAUCUUCAUAACCAUGCCAUGCGUGACCGGCACUGGCAACAGCUACAAGAAGAAGUGCAAAAGACAUUUGACCAUAAAGCUGAUGAUUUCACCCUGGAAAAAAUCAUAGAUUUGGGAUUGGAUCAGUAUGCUGAAAAGGUCUCUGAAAUCUCUGCAGCUGCAAGCAAGGAGUUGGCUAUUGAGCAAGCCAUCCAGGGGAUUAAAGAAACGUGGGAUGAAACGAUCCUGGAUGUGGGACCUUACAAAGAUAGAGGCCAUUUCAAACUCAAGUCAACUGAUGAUGUAUUCCAGCUUCUGGAAGACAACCAAGUCACACUUGCCACCAUGAAAGCUUCUCGAUAUGUCAAAGCCUUUGAAAAGGAAGUAGACCAUUGGGAGAGAACACUGUCACAUAUUCUGGAGGUCAUUGAAAUGACUCUUACAGUGCAGAGGCAAUGGAUGUAUCUGGAGAACAUUUUUCUUGGUGAGGACAUCAGGAAGCAGUUACCUCGGGAAUCAGCAGAGUUUGAUGCUGUCAAUAGCAACUGGAAGAUCAUCAUGGUUAGACUGAGUAAAGACAGCAAUGCACUCAGAGGAACACAUCACGAAGGUCUGCUCGAAACUUUGAAUGAAAUGAACAGCAAGCUUGAAGAGAUCCAAAAGUCUCUAGAUAUGUAUCUGGAGACAAAGAGACAGAUCUUCCCUAGGUUCUACUUCCUGUCAAAUGACGAUCUUUUGGAGAUACUUGGUCAGUCUAAGAACCCUGAAGCUGUACAGCCUCACCUGAAGAAAUGCUUUGACAACAUAAAGUCACUCAAAAUGCACAAAAUGGGAAUUACACAGAAGUUUGAAGCACAAGGAAUGUACUCUGCGGAUGGAGAAUACGUUGACUUUGGCCACCCUGUGUUACUGGAGGGCCCAGUUGAGGCAUGGUUAUGUGACAUAGAACGAACAAUGCGUUGGACCCUAAAAGAUGUUCUGAAACAGUGCAAAGUUGCACUUAAAAAGUCCCUCAGCAAACGUGACAAGUGGGUAAAAGAUUGGCCUGGGCAGAUGCUCAUCACAUCAAGUCAGAUGCAGUGGACUGCUGAUGUUACAAAAGCACUGUUCACUACCAAAGAGAGAGGGGAUAAGAAGGCACUCAAGAGUAUGAAGAAAAAACAGGUGUCAAUGUUAAACAAGUUUUCUGAGAUGGUUCGAGGCAACCUGACCAAGAUGAUGAGAGCCAAAGUAGUUGCCCUGGUGACCAUUGAAGUACACGCACGUGAUGUCAUUGAGAAGCUAAUCAAAUCUGGUGUGAGUGAUGUGACAGCGUUUGAGUGGCUAAGCCAACUGAGAGUGUACUGGGAUAAAGAGAUUGAGGACUGUGUAGUCCGCCAAACCAACACACAGUUCCAGUACGGUUAUGAGUACCUUGGCAACUCUGGUCGAUUAGUCAUUACUCCUCUAACAGACAGAUGUUACAUCACUCUGACCACUGCUCUUCAUCUCCACCGUGGUGGAUCCCCAAAGGGCCCUGCUGGUACUGGUAAAACAGAGACUACCAAGGACUUGGGCAAAGCUCUGGGCAAUUAUGUGAUUGUAGUUAACUGCUCAGAAGGUCUGGACUACAAGUCCAUGGGAAGGAUGUUCAGUGGAUUAGCUCAGACUGGUGCAUGGGGCUGCUUUGAUGAAUUCAAUCGUAUCAACAUAGAGGUACUGUCAGUAGUGGCCCAGCAGAUUCUCUCCAUCCUUUCUGCAUUGGCAGCCGGUCACUCCAGAUUUGUCUUUGAAGGCAGAGAGAUCAACCUGGUCUGGUCUUGUGGAAUUUUCAUCACCAUGAAUCCAGGUUAUGCCGGACGCACUGAGCUGCCUGAUAAUUUGAAGUCCAUGUUCCGUCCAAUUUCCAUGGUGGUGCCAGAUUCUGCAUAUAUCGCUGAAAUAAUCCUAUUUGGUGAAGGCUUCAAUAAUACAAGGGUUCUAGCAAAGAAGGUACAUACACUGUACUCACUGGCUGUUCAACAACUUUCCAAGCAAGACCAUUAUGACUUUGGGCUGCGUGCUCUUACAUCGGUUCUUCGUUAUGCUGGCAAGAAAAAAAGAGCAGCACCUACUGUGCCAGAUGAAGAGAUUCUGUUGCUAGCAAUGAAAGACAUGAAUGUACCCAAGAUGACAGCAAUUGACUUGCCUCUGUUCAGUGGCAUAGUGGCUGAUCUCUUCCCUGGAGUUGACACGCCAAUCAUAGAUUACGGCAAGAUGAGGUCUGUGAUCGAGUCUGAACUGAAGACACAGGGCUACCAACCUAUACAGACUACUGUUCUGAAAGUUAUCCAGUUGUACGAGACUAAGAACUCUCGCCAUUCAGUCAUGAUUGUUGGUAAGACUGGAAGUGGGAAGACUGUGACUUGGCGUAUUCUUCAAGCUACCCUCUCAAGGAUGAAAAAAGAGGGAGAUAACAGCUUUAACUAUGUCAAGGAUUUUCCAAUCAACCCUAAAGCGUUAUCACUGGGAGAGCUGUAUGGAGAAUUUGAUCUAAACACUAAUGAGUGGACGGAUGGUGUGCUAUCAAGUGUCAUGAGGCAAACCUGUGCAGAUGAAAAGCCAGAUGAGAAGUGGUUGAUGUUUGAUUCACCAGUAGACACUUUGUGGAUUGAGAGCAUGAACUCUGUCAUGGAUGACAAUAAAGUUUUGACACUCAUUAAUGGUGAACGCAUUGCCAUGCCAGAUCAGGUAACAUUGCUGUUUGAAACCGAGAAUUUAGCUGUUGCUUCCCCGGCCACUGUGAGCCGUUGUGGUAUGGUUUACAUGGACUAUGCUGACACAGGAUGGCAGCCAUAUGUCACAUCUUGGUUGCAGAAAAGAUCAGACAAGCAUUCCCAAGAAAUUCUUCAGAGGCUUUUUGACAAGUACCUGAUCAAAAUACAGGACUUCAAGCAACAUAACUGCAAUGAACUGGUACCUAUUUCUGAACUGAAUGGUGUGAUGUCCCUCUGCAAACUCUUUGCUGCAUUAGCAACUGAAGAAAAUGGAGUGAACCCAUCAGAUAAGGAGAACUAUGAACGCAUGAUUGAGCUGUGGUUUCUCUUCUGUCUGAUUUGGUCUGUCUGCUCAGCUGUGGAUGAAGACGGGCGCAAAAAGCUAGACAACUACAUUCGUGAAAUUGAAGGCACCUUCCCGAACAAGGACACUGUAUAUGAGUACUAUGUGGAUUCUAAGAACAAGAACUGGGCUCACUGGGAAGACAAGCUCAGGAGUGGCUGGAGAUAUCCCACAAAUGCUCCAUUCUACAAGAUCAUGGUACCUACCGUGGACACUGUGCGGUACAAUUUCUUGGUCAGUGCCCUGAUUGGUGCAGUUCAGCCUGUGCUUCUAGUUGGUCCAGUUGGCACUGGCAAAACAUCUAUUGCACAGAGUGUGUGCAGCAAGUUAGAUGCAGCCAAGUACAGUGUACUGACAAUCAACAUGUCUGCACAGACAUCAUCUAAUAACGUGCAAGAGAUAAUAGAGAGUCGGGUGGAGAAAAGAACCAAAGGGGUAUAUGUUCCCAUCGGCGGCAAGAAACUGUUAACCCUGAUGGAUGACUUCAACAUGCCUGCAAAGGACACAUUUGGAUCCCAACCUCCACUAGAACUUAUGAAGCUGUGGAUGGAUUACGGAUUCUGGUAUGAUCGCCUCAAGCAGACGUCAAAAUACAUAAAGGACAUGCAGCUGCUUGCCGCCAUGGGGCCACCAGGCGGUGGUCGAAUGGUCAUCUCAAGUCGAUUGCAGAGCAGGUUUAACCUGAUCAACAUGACUUUUCCAAGUGACUCCCAAAUCAAGCGCAUUUUUGGCACAAUGAUCAACCAGAAACUGCAGGAUUUUGAGGAGGAUGUCAAACCAAUUGGUGAUACCAUGACUCAGGCCACACUGGAAAUCUACCAAGCUGUUGUACAGCGUUUUCUUCCCACACCUGCAAAGAUUCACUACCUGUUUAAUCUUAGAGAUAUUUCCAAGGUAUUUCAAGGCCUGCUUAGAGCACAUAAGGACUUCCAUGACACCAAGGGAAGCAUAACACGUUUGUGGAUCCAUGAAUGCUUCAGGGUUUUUUCAGACCGUUUAGUCAAUGAGACAGACAGUGAGGCUUUUGUGAACAUCUUGAGUGAGAAGCUUGGCAAUCUCUUUGAACAGACUUUCCACAACAUCUGUCCGAACAAACAGCCACCUGUCUUUGGUGACUUCAUCUCUCAGGCAGAAGUGCCAAUAUAUGAGGAUUUACAAGAGUUUUCAACCCUCAAGAGGUUCAUGGAGGAUGCCUUGGAAGACUAUAACAGUACCCCAGGUGUCAUUGCAAUGGAUCUAGUCCUGUUCAGAGAUGCAAUUGAGCAUGUAUCCCGUAUCAUUCGUGUGAUUGGCCAACCUCGCGGUAAUAUGCUACUUGUGGGUAUUGGUGGUAGUGGACGCCAGUCAUUAACAAGACUUGCUGCCUCCAUCUGUGAGUAUCAGACAUUCCAGAUUGAAGUCACCCGUGUAUACAGGAAGGUGGAAUUCAGGGAUGAUUUGAAGCGCCUGUAUUACAUGGCAGGUGUAGAAAACAAGCCAACAGUCUUCCUGUUCAAUGACACACAAGUAGUGGAAGAAUCUUUCCUGGAAGACAUCAACAACAUUCUUAGCAGUGGGGAAGUGCCUGCCAUGUAUAAACCAGAAGAGUUUGAAGAGGUCCGCAAUGCUCUUUCAGCAGAUGCCAAGAAAGAUGGCAUUCAUGAAUCACCAGAAAGCAUGUUUGCCUACUAUAUUGAGCGAGUACGAACCAAUCUACAUGUGGUGCUUUGCAUGAGUCCAGUUGGAGACCCAUUCAGAAACCGCAUUCGGAUGUAUCCAGCGUUUGUGAACUGUACAACAAUUGAUUGGUUUACUGAGUGGCCAAAAGAUGCUCUUAUCGAAGUAGCUGAGAAGUAUCUGGAAACCAUUGAUUUGGGGAGCAACGAAGAGAUGAAGAAUAACAUGGCUCAGAUUUUCUGCACAAUGCAUCGUUCUGUUGCCGAGAGUUCUCGUAAAAUGCUGUUUGAACUGAAACGCCACAACUAUGUCACCCCCACUAACUACUUGGAGCUGGUCACAGGAUAUAAAGUUCUCUUGUAUGAGAAGCGGAAAGAGCUUGGAGAUGCUGCAAACAAACUCAAAAAUGGUCUCUUCAAAAUCGAUGACACAAGAGCUAAAGUUGAAGUCAUGUCAGUGGAGCUUGAGGAUGCAAAGACUAAAGUUGCCCAGUUUCAGAAGCAGUGUGAGGAGUACCUUGUUAUCAUUGUGCAGCAAAAGAGAGAGGCAGAUGAGCAGCAGAAGAGUGUUCAAGCUCGUAGUGAAAAGAUAGGAGAAGAGGAGGUUCGAUGUCAGGCCAUGGCUGAUGCAGCCCAGCAAGAUUUGGCUGAGGCUUUGCCUGCACUAGAAGAGGCAGUCAAGGCUUUGGAAUCCCUUAAUAAGAAAGACAUUGGAGAAAUCAAAUCAUAUGGCCGUCCUCCAGCAUUGGUUGAGAAGGUGAUGGAAGCUGUCAUGAUCCUGAAAGGAGCUGAACCUACAUGGACUGAAGCAAAGAGACAAUUGGGAAACCAGAAUUUCAUCAAGGAACUAAUAGAGUUUGAUAAGGACAACAUGUCAGAUCGUGUUUUGAAGCGUAUUGGCCAGUACUGUGCACAACCUGACUUUCAACCAGACAUCAUUGGACGUGUGUCAGCCGCUGCACGCUCCCUUUGCCUGUGGGUACGGGCCAUGGAUGUGUAUGGCCGCAUUUUCAGAGUUGUGGAGCCCAAGAAGCAACGCUUGAAUAAUGCAAUGGCCAUGCUUGCUGAAAAACAAGCAAGUCUGGCAGAUGCAAAAGCAAAACUCAAGGAGGUGACAGAUAGAAUGGAGAUGCUGAAGAAGCAGUACGAUGAAAAGUUAGCUGAGAAAGAGCAGCUCCGUGUCAAGGCAGAAUUGAUGGAGGUCAAACUAGAAAGAGCUGGAAAACUGGUGUCUGGAUUGGCUGGAGAAAGAGACCGCUGGGAGGAGAAUGUUAAGGUUUUGGAGGAGAACAUGGUGUACUUGGUUGGUGAUUGCCUGGUUGCUGCUGCUUUCUUGUCAUACACUGGGCCUUUCUUGUCAGAGUACAGAGACUAUCUUGUUAAGGAAGUGUGGCUGAAAGAGGUUCGUAAACUGAAUGUCCCAUGUAGUCCCGAUUUUAGCUUUGCAACUUUUCUAUCUAAACCAACUGCUGUGCGUGACUGGAACAUUCAAGGACUACCAACAGAUUCCUUCUCUACUGAGAAUGGCGUUAUUGUCACCAGAGGAAACAGAUGGCCAUUGAUGAUAGACCCCCAAGGUCAAGCUAUUAAAUGGAUCAAGAAUAUGGAGGGGAAACGUGGCCUAAAAAUUAUUGAUCUUCAGCAGCAUGAUUACCUACGAACAUUAGAGAAUGCCAUUCAAUAUGGGCUUCCUGUACUGCUACAAAAUGUGCAAGAAGAGCUGGAUCCAUCACUGUCACCUAUACUAAAUAAAUCAGUCAUCAAACGAGGUGGAAGACUCAUGAUCCGUCUUGGUGAUAAGGAACUGGACUAUAGCCCUGAUUUCAAGUUCUACAUCACAACCAAGCUGAGUAAUCCCCACUAUACACCAGAGAUUUCCACCAAGACAACCAUCACAAAUUUUGCAGUGAAAGAGCAAGGCCUUGAGGCCCAGUUGCUUGGCAUUGUAGUUCGCAAGGAAAGACCAGAACUGGAAGAGCAAAAAGAUGCACUAGUUAUGAACAUUGCUGCUGGAAAGAAAAAACUUGUGGAACUGGAGGAUGAAAUACUUCGGUUGCUGAAUGAGGCUCAGGGAUCUCUUCUUGAUGAUGAACAGUUAGUUAAUACCCUCCAAACAUCCAAGAAAACUUCAGAAGAAGUUGGUGAACAGCUCCAAGUUUCUGAACAGACUGAGGCCAAGAUUGAUGCAGCCCGAGAGGGUUAUCGUCCAUGUGCCCAACGUGCAUCCAUUCUCUUCUUUGUCCUCAAUGACAUGGGCCGUAUUGACCCCAUGUAUCAAUUUUCUCUUGAUUCUUACAUUGACUUGUUCAAUAUUUCUAUUGAUAAAAGUCAGCGAAGCCCACAGCUUGAAUCUCGAAUUCUGAAUCUGAACGAGUAUCAUACAUAUGCUGUGUAUAGAUUCACAUGCCGGGGCCUUUUUGAGAAACACAAACUUCUCUUCUCCUUCCAAAUGUGUGCUAAAAUCUUGGAGGCUGCUGGUAAGAUCAAUAUGGAUGAAUACAACUUCUUCCUGAGAGGUGGUGUGGUUCUAGAUCGGGAGGAACAAAUGGACAAUCCCUGUUCUGGUUGGCUAGCUGAUGCAUCCUGGGACAAUAUUACAGAACUUGACAACAAAUUGGCAAAUUUUCAUGGGCUAGUUCAGUCCUUUGAGCAGUAUCCACGUGACUGGCAUGUUUGGUAUACAAGUUCAGAACCAGAAACAGCACCGUUGCCAGGUGAGUGGGAUAGUGCCUGCAAUGAAUUGCAGCGGAUGUUGAUCAUUCGAUCAUUGCGUCCAGAUCGUGUUUCUUUCUGUGCCGGGUCAUUUAUUGUCAACAAUCUUGGAUCCAAGUUUGUGGAACCUCCUGUGCUUGAUAUGAAAGCUGUUUUGGAUGACUCAAACACAAGAACACCUCUAAUUUUUGUUCUCACAACUGGAGUGGAUCCUACAAGCAUGCUCCUUCAGCUUGCAGAACAAAGUGACAUGGCUCAUCGAUUCCAUGCACUUUCACUUGGUCAGGGACAGGCACCAAUCGCAACUCGUAUGAUAAAGGAAGGUGUCAGAGAGGGUAACUGGGUAUUCCUUGCUAACUGCCACUUGUCAUUGAGUUGGAUGCCAGCAUUGGCUAAACUUGUUGAGCAGCUUCAAGUGGAGGAGCCCCACCCAGACUUCAGAUUAUGGCUGAGCAGUAGUCCACAUCCUGAGUUCCCUAUUUCCAUCCUUCAAGGUGGUAUCAAAAUGACAACAGAACCACCAAAGGGGCUUAAAGCCAACAUGAAGCGUUUGUAUCAUCUGGUAACAGAGCAGCAGUUUGCACGGUGCCAAAAGCCAGAGAAGUACAAAAAGCUGUUGUUUGCUUUAUGCUUUUUCCAUUCGGUUCUCCUGGAAAGACGUAAAUUCCAAAUGCUUGGAUGGAACAUCAUGUAUGGCUUCAAUGACUCUGACUUUGAGGUGUCUGAAAAUCUUUUGAGUAUCUACCUUGAUGAGUACGAUGAGACACCAUGGGAUGCCCUCAAGUACCUGAUUGCAGGGGUUAACUAUGGAGGUCACAUUACUGAUGACUUUGACAGGCGCUUACUCAUCACUUACAUCAAUGAGUACUUCUGUGAAGCAACACUUGCAGCACCUUUUUACAAGCUUUCUUCACUGCAAACAUACUAUGUUCCCAAAGAUGGACCAUUACAAGCUUAUAAGGAGUAUAUCAGCAUGCUUCCAGGUGUAGAUCACCCAGAAAGCUUCGGACAACAUCCUAAUGCAGACAUUGCCAGUCAGAUCACUGAGACAAGACUGUUGUUUGACACAUUGCUUUCAUUACAGCCUCAAAUCUCUGUCAAACAAGGGGAGAGCAGAGAGAGUAAGGUUCAGAAGCUGGCUGCUGAUGUUCUGGAGAAAAUCCCACCUGACAUCGAUUAUGAGGGCACUGCCAAGAUCUUGAAAGAUGACCCAUCUCCACUAAAUGUUGUCCUACUUCAAGAGAUCCAGCGUUACAAUGCUCUCCUGCAAAUCAUUCGGUCUUCUUUGAUUGACCUGGAGAAAGGCAUUAAAGGUCUGGUGGUCAUGUCAUCAGAUCUUGAAGAAAUUUUCAACUGUAUCAAUGAUGCCAGAGUACCUCCAAUGUGGGAGAAGGCAUACCCAUCUAUGAAGUCACUUGGAUCUUGGACUCGUGAUCUGGUGCAACGCGUUGAACAGUUUGAAAAGUGGGCAAGCACUGCACAUCCUCCUGUUAUAUAUUGGAUGUCCGCAUUCACAUUCCCUACGGGAUACCUAACAGCAGUAUUGCAAACUUCUGCAAGACAGAAUAAUGUAUCAGUGGACUCUCUAUCCUGGGAGUUUAUUGUCUCCACAGUGGAUGACAACAAUAUUGUGGAGCCACCUAAGGAUGGUGUGUAUAUCAAAGGUCUGUUCCUUGAGGGAGCAGGCUGGGACAAGAAGAAUGCUUGUCUUGUGGAAGCUAAGCCAAUGCAACUAGUUUGCCCUAUCCCUACCAUCCACUUUAAGCCUGUUGAAAACAAAAAGAAGAGUGGAAAAGGAAUGUAUUCUUGCCCUUGCUAUUACUAUCCUAACCGAGCUGGCAGCACAGGUAGAGCAUCAUUCGUUGUCAGCAUUGACCUCAAAUCAGGUGUAUUUACUGCUGACCACUGGAUCAAGAGAGGAACAGCACUUCUGAUGAGUUUGGAAUAUUAGUCUUCAAGUCAUAUUUUUGUACAUGUUCUGUACAUCAGAUCAGUUUUUUCCAGGGUGCCAUGCAUAAAUCAGUUUUUCCUGGAAUGUGUUGUGGCAUAAUGUGUUGCAGAAUGCAAAUCCCAAUUAAAGUGUCCAUUUCUCUUGUUGGCAGUUGCAGGAUAGUCAACCGUAAACAGUGACUGUAAAGUUUCAGUACACUUUCAGUUUGAUUCUAUAUUACAUGAUAUCGUUUGGUGAUUGUUUUAAUGAAUAGUCUUGUUUCCAACCAUUUGACAUUUGUACUGCUGGAUACUAUUUGAAAUAAACUUUAAAAAAUGCUCAGACCCUCGGUACCAAUUUCUCUUUACACAGUUUGAAUGGAAACUUCCUGUGUUUUUGUUUCAAAUUUCAUUAUGCUGAAUUUAUUAAAAUACAGCUUAAAAUACAGUCUUCUCUUUUUGCAGUCAUAUGUUGUUUGAUGCAGUGGGUUAUUACAUGUGUGUUAUUUUACAUUAUAUCUGAAGAAAGUUUACUUUUCAAAUUUGCACCUCAUACUUCAUGUUUUAAAUCCAAGGCAGCAGUAGGCCACCUGUGAAAUUUGCACUAAAAAGAAACACUUUAAACCUAUAUUUGCUCACGUGCUGACUUUUUGUGUAACUUGCAUAAUUUUCCUACUGCAUUUGGACAGCAUUCAAAUGGGAUAAGCAAAUAAUCUUUUACUCACUAAACAAAUGUCAGUUAAGCUAGAUAUUGAAUGAAACUGUUUUUUGUGGUGCAACAAGUUAUUUGAAGAACCAAUGCCUUAGCUUUGUGAGCAUGCUAACAAUUCAAAAAUGACAUAUUGUUUGGUUUAUGGAGAUCGGCCAGGCUCACAUUUCAUGAGUGUAUAUCCCACCUGUUUAUGUUAGGCAGAUAAUUGUUUUAGUCCAGGGUAUGAAAUGCUGAGUUCGGUUAAUAGUACUACAUCAUUAUUGAUAAUGGUGUAUAGAAUGUCUGUUAGAAUUUAGAGUGUCAGCUUUGUUGUUUUGCUUUUUACUAGACUGAUACUGACUAGCCUCUUUCCUUUUUUUCAUAUGAAGUACUACAAUUCUGGUGAAACUCCACUACAAUAAGAGUAAUGUAGCUCCUUCCGAAAUCGAAUAUUAACUAGGUAUCAGCUUGUGGGGUAGGUAAAUCCCUGAAAAAGGUCCCAUAUUUGCCAAAAACUAACACCAUGCUUUCAUUAUAAUUACAUAUUCAUCACAGAAACUUGUAUUGUACAAAUUCUUUUGGCUGUGCUCCAUCCAGAUGCUCAACAGUAAAAUGAAACACUGAAAUCCAUGAGGGCAAAACCUCCAUUAUGUAUUGGAUACAGCACGUGCGAAAUCAUGGACUUGCCUAAGGGCAAAGCAUAGGGUGUAGCAUACCUUUCUUUUACAACCGAUGUAAGUUGGGUUGACAUGGUUUAUUGUUCAGUGUGAAGUGCAGUGCCAUGUUCAGAUAUGACGAAGUGACGGAUGGAAUUGAUGAACGUAUAUAAGUGACAAAAAUAUAACCAUCCUUUGAUGUUCUUGAGACUUUUUGUUUUAUAAGGAAAGCAAAAAUCUAACUACCACUUGGACUUGUAUAGACGAACUUUGAAUGUGAGCUUUGUUUUAAUUUCCAUCCAAGUCUUCAAGUGUGAUACAAGUAGUUUGAAUCUUAAAAAGUUUAUAGUGUGUUUAACUUCCAAUUAACCCUUACAGAAAUUAGGUUAAGUUUAGGCCCUAUGUAAUGUUUGUACAUGUAUAUGUUAAAGGCUGUGUGCAUCAGUACAAUUUUAUGCAUAAAGCUGGCAUUUUUUCUCAAGAAACCUCCGUUCAUACUGCGAUCUCCACUGUUUACUAACUGUAUGGUUUGCAACUUAAGAUUUUUGAAACUUUGUUUCUCAUGCAACGUUAAUUUUUGUAUUCCGAAAUACGCUUGUUGUUUAUUCUAUCAUUUGUAUUACCAUAAUGCAAAUUAAAGAAUACAAGAUGCAUUUCAUUCCCUAAUUUAUACUGUGAGAGGGUUUUCUCUGAAGUUGGAAACUGGCAACCUUCCUCUGUAUAGCAAUAUCUGUGUUAUUGGGGAUAGUUCUCCCUUUGAUAGCAGUGUUCUUAGAAACGCUGGGAUUUUUGUUCUUAAAAGGAUUUGGCUCGUAAUGGUAAUUUAAUGUUCUUCUAAUGUUGCUCGUAAAUAUAAAAUCAUGAAUAUUACGGGUGGUAGAAUCAUAUGUAGAGUCAAUGAAGCUAUUGACCUUUCUUUAGAGAAAAGAGACAGAGCCCCACAAAUCCUAUCUGCAAUUGGCUUACUUUUGGGGGCCUUUACAAACAGUCCUAUCUAUAUCUCUCAGAAAACUAGCUCUAAGACUAAUUAUAGAAAUUUUCUGCUUCAGCAUUUUGUUGAACCCAAAGUACAGCAGGUGUGGCUCAAUGUUCUGAAUAUUCCUCCGACCGAACGGUCCAUUAUUUGGAAAAGUUGUGAUUCGCUAAUGGAUCUUGGUGAUAAGCAAUUCUUGUAUAAAGUGAAACACCGAAUUUUGCCCACAAAUGAUGUUUUAUCUAAUAUAGGUAACGUUCCCGUGUCCUCUCUGUGAAACUGAGCCUGAAUCCCAUGAGCAUCUGCUGAUUGUUUGUUCUUGCACUGUGUCAGUUUUUUGUUUAUGUGGAGCGUUUUUAAGAAGGUAUACUCUGGAGACAGAUUUUUUACCUUAGUGAUUAUAACAGAGUACUUGGACAUAACCUUGACCCGGUCUCAGUUGUGGUUGUUACAAAAUGCUCCAGCAGUUAUGGAAUUGCAGAUGUACAAUUGCAUUUAAUAGUUUAUUGUCGGUUCUAGAUUUUGACAUAACAGUUCAAACAACAUUUGAAACGGUUUCUUUCUGGAUUCACGCGACUGAACACUGAAAAUUUAAUAGAGAACUACGCGAGAAACAAUGUUCUCUGUGCUAUUGCAGCCAAUGGUGAGGUACAAUUUUGACUAUUAAUUGGACUGUUAAUAUGUUUUGCCUUACAUAUUUGAUUUUCUUUCUAUUUUUAUUAUUGUUUCUUUUAUCUCAUGCACCUGCGUCUUAAUAAUGUUUACCUUGUUUUAAAUGUACAUCUGUAUUUUCCUUGAUUAGCACCAAUAUUAUCCUGGCGUUGUGAGUUUUUGAUGUUACUCUAACCCGAGGUUUAAUAAAUGGAGCCAUAUAGCUCCAAUGUAAAGAGAAACACA